AUGGUUAAAUUAAAUACGCCAGAACAAGAAGAGAAAACACCAAACAAUCAGGAGAAAACCCCGGAUCUUCCUGUUCGUGAAAGGACUCAAACAGACGACUUGAAUAAGAAAUUAUUAACAUCUUUAUUCAAUAGAAUGAACGAAGGCGGUGAUACUAUGUUAUCGAAAAUGCUAGAGCCUGACAAUAAAACUGAUGAAGAUGAUGAAUGGAAAUAG